AUGCAGGCCUGUGACCGGUGCCACGCGCGCAAGACCAGAUGCGAUCGGCGAAUCCCUCGCUGCGGCGGGUGCGAGAAGGCCGGGGCGCCCUGCCUGCACGUGGACAAGCUCCGGUCACGCAACCUGCCCCGAGGCUACGUGGAAAGCGUGGAGAGCGACCUGCGAAAGGCCGAGCAGCAGAAUCUGGAGAUGCAGAGGCAGAUAGCCGCUCUGCGCAGCCAGCUGGCCAGGAAGGAGGGUGCGGCUGGUGGUGUCGAUGGCAACAGCAAUAGCAAUAGCAAUAGCAAUAGCAGCCCAACGUUCUCAGGCAGUCGAGCCACUCAUGACCAUGACCAUGAGCACGAACAUGGACAUGCACAUACACAUGCACAUGCCCCGUCGUCCGUCAGCCUCGGCGACCACCGGAACGGGAAUUUCCACGGCAAUGGCAGCAUUGCGACGCCCGGCGAGGUCGCUGGCGCUGGUGCUGCGCCUUCGACCACUACCACCACCACCUCCGGCAGGACACCGGCCGACGACGCCGUCGCCACGGAGGUGGGAUAUCUCACGCUCACGGCGACGGGCGAGACGCGGUUUCUAGGGUCGAGCAGCGGCAUGGGGCUGGCCACCAUCAUCAGCUCGGUGCUCGAUCCGCAGCACGCGUCUACUGGCAACUGGCCGACGGAGAGCGGACGCGGCGGCGGCGACUUCAACACCAACCUCAAUCUCAACCUCAACCUCAACCAUGGCGGCCGCAGUCCACAUCCACAUCCACCGACGGCCAGCAACAAUGGGAAUGGGAAUGGGAAUGGGAACGGGAAUGGCGCGAUCGGGAUGGGCAUCGGCAUGGAUGCAGCAACGUUCCCGCCCCGCGCAGUGGCAAUGCAAUACAUCGAGGCGUAUUUCCAGCACACACACAUCACGUUCCCGCUCCUCCACCGGCCCAGCUUCCUGGCGGCCGUGGAGCAGAUCUACAGCAACCCCAGCUACUACGCGGUCCACACGUUCGACGCGUUCGCAUUCGACAUGGUGCUGUCGAUGGGCAGCUCCAACUUCAACCGGUUCGAGGAGUCCAUGACCAGCGGGGCGGCGACGCACUAUGCGCGCGCGCGCACCAAGCUGCCCGCCGUGCUGAACAUGGGCGGCCUGAUCCCGCUGCAGGCCAUCACGCUGUUGUCGCAGCACGGCAUCUUCAGCAACCUGCGCGACACCAGCGCCAGCAUCUGGCAUCUCAUCGGCAUCGGCGCCCGCAUCUGCUUCGAGCUGGGCUUGCAUCUCGAGCCGAGGCGUGCUAGUCUGGCGGCCGGGAGGGUGGGCUCGAAUGCGAAUCUGCCCACGACUUUUGAGGCGGAGAUGCGGAAACGCACGUUUUGGUGUUUCUACAAUUUGGACAGGGUCGUCAGCUUCACCUUGGGUCGCCCCGUCGCCCUCCGCGACGAGGACAUUGACAUCUCACUCCCGUCGCCGCUGGAAGACGAGGAAUUCGGACCGGACCGACCGAUUCCGCCAACGAUAAGCACAACCACAACGACCGUACCGUAUGCCUCCACCACCACCACCGCCACAGCCGAAUCCCACUCCCACUCCCAACCUCAGUCCCAGCUACGGCCCAAGAUCACGCCGUUUCUACACCUCAUCCGCAUCCGACGGCUGUCCGGCAAGAUCCUCAGCACGCUGUACGCGGCACAAGAGAAGAGUGACGUGACGGUGGAAGAGAAGACGCGGGUGCGGCGCCAGCUGUACGACGAAGUCAUUGCGUGGCGCGACGACACCGCUUUGCUCAAUCUCGACCAGCGCGCCCAGGAGGCAGCGGCUGGGUUGGGGGUUGGGUCUGGGUUCGGGUCCGGGUCCGGGUCUCUGCACAGUGGAGUGGGAGGGUCUGGGUCUGGCUUUGUCUCGUGCUUCCUAUCGCCGGAAUGGUACAACGCAGUGGCCAACAAUGCACUCCUCCUCCUCUACCGGCCCUCACCGUACCUGCCGUACCCGGUGACGGCGACCAAGCUGGAAGUCCACGGUGAUGGUGAUGGUGAUGGUGAUAGUGACCAGGACCGAGACCGAGACAUGGACCGAGAUAUGGACGACGACGACGACGACGACGACGACGAGGCUGGAGCCAAGGCCAGAAGCAGCAGUAGAGGCAGAAGCGGAAACGGAACCGGAACCGGAACCAGGCCCAAGGGCACCACCACCACCACCGAACCCGGCGACCUGCAGCACAUGUUCUACGCGGCCAAGUCGUCCAUCACAUCGUACUACGAGCUGCACCGCAAGCGGCGACUGAAUUACUCGUGGAUCACGCUGCACGGCAUCUUCAUCGCCGGGCUGGCCUACGUCUACGGCAUCGGGCUGGCCCUCAAGGACCCGGCCCAGAACAUGCCGAUCCCGGACUACCUCGACAUCAUCAACGACACGCGCGCCUGCUCCAACAUCCUGGUUGCCAUCUGCGAGCGCUGGAGCGUCGCGCGCAGCUCGUGUGAGCUGUUCAAUCGGUUGAGCAAUGCCGUCAUUCGCGACGCCAUCAACGCCGUCACCAAGAGGGACAAUAUGGCCCAGGGGCCGAUGCAGACUCGGCAUUAUUUUUCGUCAAGCAACAACAACCACAACAAUAACAAUAACAACAAUAACCAGGCCAUCUCUGGUGGCAAUGGCAGUGGCAGUGGCGGUGGCGGUGGCGGUGGCGGUGAUGGCAAUGGCAUUGGCGGUGGUGGUCGCCCCAUCGACCCUCUGCUGGCUGCCUCGAUGCAUGCACAGACACAGCCGCAGCUGGGGAUGGAUGCGUUCGGGUCGACGUCGACGGCCACGGCUGUCGGGCCUUGCAAUCAAUUCGACCAUAUGUUUGUGGCGGACGAGUUUCGCCAGUAUUCCCACGCUCUGGACUAUACCUUUCUGGGCAACCAGCCGCUGCCGAGCGAGUUGAUCAAUGGGUUUUCGCAGGACUGGCCGUUCGACGAGGCGCCUUUUUCGCCCCAGGUUAAUUAUGGGGUUUCUAUGCCUGGAGUUGACGGGUUGUGGUAG